UGUCCCACAAAAAGUUGGCAAUCGACGGAAAAAAGAUUGGUUUGAGAUAUUUUUCUGCGAAUCUGGACAAGCAAAAUAAGCAUCUUCCGGUCAGCGUAGAAAGUGAUAGUCCUGUUUUCUUUGCUCGACCGCUUUUAGUGUAGAGUUCGGACUCAAAUUGCAGAAAAACACAUAAAAUUUCUGCGAAGAAACGAAAAACAAAAAGCAAACAAACCACAUAUAAAAGAACAGUGUAAGUCCUACCAUUGAACUUGUGUUUGAUAUUAUCCCAGGUUACUUUAAUUUUAUAUAAGAAUGAGACUGUCGUUUGUAUUUUUGCUAUAAAUCUUGACAUUUGCCGAUAAAACUUGUAGUUAAGUCAGGCGUAAACAGUGAAUUCGGCAUUCUCUUCUACUUUUCCCUGCACUUAAAUCACUGCAAGUUGACAAAAUUAGCUACGAAAGCACAUAAACACAUAGUACCUACCGAAGAGAGCACCGCUUUAUCUUAUCAUUUCAAAGUUUUCGUAUUUUGAGCUGGAUUCCGGUAGUUUCCAUUCAACAACCAAACUUGUAGUUAUCUUUUUCUAUGCUUCUCUACAAGAUUUUCACCAAACUUGGACCACAAAUCAACUUCUAUUAUGUUAGGUGACCGUCUUUUAUUUCCCAAGUCGCAGGAAAAUCCCUAUGAAUCCCUAUGAAUAUAUUUUAGAUAAUCUCGAGCAGGAUUCACAGACCUCAUCCGACAUGUUGCACAAUUUGUGGGACUUUUGUGGGACAUUUGCACUUCGCUGGCUUCUAUUUGCUGCUUUCUGAUUGGUUAUUCGUGCGCUCGUCGGAUCUAUGAAUUGAUAUCUUCCUAGACAAAAAUGAUGCCGUAACAUAAAUGACGUUAUUGACAUGUGAAACUAGUUGUUAUUAUUGUUAUUUAUUGUUUUUAUAAAGCAAUUUGAAAUGUUUUCAUUACAAUCAAGUUUUGACGAUGUGCGCGCAUGUGAGGAUGCAAUCGUGGGUGUGUCCUCUUAUAACGAUCUUGACCAGUCACAGAGCGCGUUACGAGUGUCGUUGUAUAAUAUCAUUUCUAUUAUUAUAUAGGUUCAUUGCUGUAACUACAAUACUAUCGAGUUUUAAUAUGUUUUCGUGAUUUUGUCGUCAUUCUUGGUGGCUUCGCUUCGUUGCCAAGAGAUGGAGGAAUCACCAAAUGACACGUGUGGACACCAAAUGCGCCUGCGUCACAUGAACAGCCGCUGGUCAGCCGGUCACUUCAUGUCAAACGAACGAACUAAAAACAAAAAUAAUGAAUUGUAACGUUGUAUUUAUUUUAUUUUCUACCUUACUGUACAGUCCGAUAUUUUGUGAGGAUUAUUAUGAGCUAUUUGGUAUAAGCAGGGAUGCUACAAGUAAAGAAAUUAGGAAAGCUUUCAAGAAGUUAGCUCUUAGAUUACAUCCCGACAAAAACAAGGAUGAUCCAAAAGCACAUGACACUUUUACACGUAUAAAUAAGGCCUACGAGGUUCUAAAAGAUGAUGAACUUAGAAAAAAGUAUGAUUUGUAUGGAGAAGAGGGUCUGAAGGAUAACCAUUUUAGUAAUCAAUACCAAAGUUGGAAUUACUUCAAUGAAGAAUUUGGUCUGUAUGAUGAAGAUCCUGAAAUUAUUACUCUUAGCUACUCAGACUUCCAAAUGUCAGUGGAAGGGAGUGAAGAUAUAUGGUUUAUAAAUUACUACUCUCCAUUUUGUUCUCACUGUCAUGAUUUGGCACCAACAUGGAGAGAAGUUGCCCGUGAUUUAGAAGGUGUAGUCAGGUUUGGAGCUGUGAAUUGUCAAGAAGACUGGGGGCUGUGCCAACGACAAGGAAUCAGAAGUUACCCUUCUCUUGUACUUUACCCUACACAACAUCUUUAUCAUGGUUCAAGGACUACAAGUGCUCUUGUAAAAUUUAUAUUAGAUGAGAUUGAUGCCAAAGUCCAUGAUCUGAAUCAAGGGUUAAAAAUUCCUUCUUCCACACCCAAUUUGCCAUCUCUUAGGGAUGACUUUGACCAUGAAACCUCUUCAACCGAAUUGCCAUGGCUGAUAGAAUUCUGUGAUCCCCAUGCAGAUUGCUUAAAUCCAGAAAGCAGAAUAAAGCUAUCUGCAGUCCUGGAUAACCUUGUUCAUAUUGGAGUGUUUGACUGCUCUAAGAAUGAAAGGAUUUGUCAUGACCUAGAUCAUGUUGGUGAAAUAGUGUACUUUAAAGCAGGCGAGAUCAAGUCAGGAAAAGGCGCAGUUAUACACAGUUUAGAUACAAAGGAGAUUAUAGACAAUGUUUUAAAACUAACAUCAGGACCUGAAGAUGUAGAUACUACUAAAUUUAAGAAAACAUUAGCAAGAUUAGCAAAUGGAGAUGAAAAGGGAUGGUUACUUCUUUUUGAGAAAGGAGUGUUGGAUAACUUAGAAGUGAAGAAGCUACCAGCUGUUCUGACUGACAUACGAAUUGGCUAUGUGGAUUGUAAAAAGAGCAGUGAAAUUUGCAAUGAAUACCAUGUCAGAAAGUACCCAGUGGCUGCGCUCUUCAAGAAAGCAGGCUUUGAAUGGCAUUAUGGUCGCUUCACGGCACAUGAUAUUGCACUGUUUGCAAAGGAGAGUGUUUCAUCUAAUGUACAUGCUCUUGGGCCUGAAGACUUCCCAUCAUCUGUGAUAUCGCCUUCAAGGCCCUUCUUCGUAGACUUUUUUGCUCCAUGGUGCCCUCCAUGCAUGCGUCUUCUGCCUGAAUACCGCAAGGCGGCUCGAUCUUUUGUGGGCAAACCUGUUGGCUUUGGAACAGUAGACUGUACAGUCCAUUCUCAACUUUGUCAUCAGUAUAACAUCCGUUCAUACCCUACUACUAUCCUGUACAACAACAGUCAACCACAUCAGUUUAUCGGACACCACAAUGCGCUUGAUAUUAUUGAGUUUGUCGAGAAUACCCUGAAGCCUUCCGUAGUGCAGCUUUCACCGGAGACAUUCGAGUCCCUUGUGCACAACAAGAAGAUUGGUGAGACGUGGCUGGUUGACUUUUAUGCACCUUGGUGCGGGCCAUGUCAGGAGCUGCUCCCCGACUGGAAUAAACUUGCAAAGCGAAUGGAGGGGGAAACUUUCUUGGGAUCUGUGGAUUGUGUCGCGCAUAGAAAUCUGUGUGCAAACCAAGGAAUCCGCUCCUAUCCCACCAUCAGGCUGUACUCUCAUACAAGCAGAGGAGGCUGGGACUUUGUGGUGCACCAGGGGUGGCGUGACGUAGACUCCUUACACAUGUGGGCGUAUAAUUACCUCCCGUCCAUCGUCAGUGAAGUGAACUCCAAGAAUUUUUUCACGGACGUCUUAGCAAGCGAGGAUGCCUGGGUUGUCGACUUCUACGCCCCGUGGUGCGGGCCCUGUAUGCGGUUUGCGCCUAAAUACGAACAGCUGGCCAAGAUGCUCAAGGGGAAAGUUCGGGCUGCAAAAGUGAAUUGUGAACAGGAUUAUGGGCUCUGCUCAGAAGCGAACAUCCACUCCUAUCCAACAGUGCGCCUGUACCUGGGGUCUACGCGACAAGGCAUGACUCAGUCGAUCAAUGGUGAUUUGCAGCUAAACAGCCAAGUACCAGAAGAACUUUAUAACACUAUAAUUAACGCGGUCAAGGAGGACAAGGGGGAAUCCUUGGAUUCUGGGGAGCGUGCAGGCGUCAGGGAUAACAUUGAUCGAGGAACUGGUGAUGACCGAGACGGAACUGGUGGUGACCGAGACGGAACUGGUGAUGAACAAGGUCACGGUGGCCGCGAGGAGGAUUUCCUUCACGAGGAAGAAGAGUUUAUUCAUCACGAUGAGGAGUUGUUUGGGUUUGAACCAGAUCCCCGGCAGACGCCAGUUCACGAUGAAUUCUGAGCCUGCAUAAUCGGCAACAUAACAAGCACCAGGAUAAUGAAAAAUAGAGGAUGGCGUCUUUUUGGACAUGGAUUUAUGAUUUUUUCCGGUUUUAUAAGAGUCUGAAAAUACGUGGUUUAUAAGAAUAUUUUGGUAUAUGGUUGUAAAAAAAUAUAGACUUAAUAAAUGGUCAGCGCUUGCUGGCGAAAUGUCA